GGAGGAGGGGAGAAGAAGGAGGAGGAAAGGGAGGAGGGGAGAGCGAGGAGGAGGAGAGGGAGGGGGCUGGCCGCCCGCCCGCCCACUGCUGGCCCGCCACGGGCUUGCCCCUUGAAGAGGGCACCUCCCCGCCCCUACCCCUGGCCCCUGGCCCCCGGCGCUGUCCGAGGGCGCCUUGGCCGCCGCCGCCGCUGCUGUCCUGGCCAGCGUCAUGGGAAACAUCUCGUCCAACAUCUCCGCCUUCCAGUCCCUGCACAUCGUGAUGCUGGGGCUCGACUCGGCGGGCAAGACCACGGUCCUCUACCGCCUCAAGUUCAACGAGUUUGUCAAUACGGUGCCCACGAUAGGCUUCAACACGGAGAAGAUUAAACUGAGCAACGGGACGGCGAAGGGCAUCAGCUGUCACUUCUGGGACGUGGGCGGCCAGGAGAAGCUGCGGCCGCUCUGGAAGUCGUACAGCCGCUGCACGGACGGCAUCAUCUACGUGGUGGACUCGGUGGACGUGGACCGGCUGGAGGAGGCCAAGACUGAGCUGCACAAGGUGACGAAAUUCGCCGAGAACCAGGGCACCCCGCUGCUCGUCAUCGCCAACAAGCAGGACCUGCCCAAGUCGCUGCCCGUGGCCGAGAUCGAGAAGCAGCUGGCCCUGCCCGAGCUCGUGCCGGCCACCACCUACCACGUCCAGCCCGCCUGCGCCAUCAUCGGAGAGGGCCUCACCGAGGGCAUGGACAAGCUGUACGAGAUGAUCCUCAAGCGAAGGAAGUCCCUCAAGCAGAAGAAGAAGCGAUAGAGGAGCGGCCCCCCCCCGGAACCUGGCCCCCACCGGGGGCAGAAGCACCCUGCCUUCCCCUGCUCCAGCCCCGGCACCCAUCCCCCUCCCCGCCCCGCUCCCCUCCGGCACACACCCACUCCCACCCACCGAGGAACCCAGAAACGAGAACCAAAGCGACGCGUCGAGUUUUCCAAACGAGAAUAGAACUCUAUUGAUAGCCAGCAACAGUGAGCGGGAACCCCGGAGUCCUGGGACUGCCCUCCCCGCCCCGGAUUCUGACUUGUCAGCCUGGGACAGGUUGGUCACCAGCCCCACAGCAGGCCAGGCGAGUGGAGAGAAAGGCCGGCAGAAUGAGCGCCCAUCCCCCUGGUGGGCUGCCUGCCUGUCUGCUGGAAAGGUCUUUUGUUUGAUCUCCCCCCUUUCCCACGGGCUUGGAGGAGGGGGAGGAGACUGGAGGCAGAGGACUGGGAGGGGUGGGGGAUGGGGCUUAGGGGUUGCAACCUGCUGGGUCCGCCCUCCUGGUGAGAAGUGGAGGAUGGCUUAGAGGGCCCUGGGAGGAAGGCCUCCUGCCUUGAAACUCUCCAGCAGAAUGAAGAAGUUGGGCUUCCUUGCCCCUCCCCCAAAGCCAGUUGCACCUGUGGGUUCUUAGAGGUACCGAGGUCACGUCGCCUCCAAGCUCUCUGCCCAGAGAAAGGGUCAUGGGCGGGCAAUUCCAGCGGCUGUGUGGAUUGAUGGGCCAGCCCAGCCGGGUAUUGAGAAUGCUUUUCGUGGAACAGGGCAGGUCCCUGUUUGCUAUUAUUCCUUUGCUCCUGCCCUGGGCCCUAGCAAGGUGGAUGGAUGUCUGUUUGGGGGGACUUCCUGCUGCCGCAUAGCAGACUUGGAUCACUGGAAACCCAGCCAAAAGCCUGGUCAAGGGAAAACCACUGUAGAAAACGCCCGUUUCUUUUACAGGAUGAAAACUGCCUUUCAUCCCCGCUCCCCCCCCCCCCAGGUCCGGCAUCUUCGCCGUGGUUUGUAUCUAGCCCAUGUGCAGGUCAUUAUCCCACAAACAAAGAAACCAGUAACAAUUAAGAAACAGUUGCCGGGUGGGGGUGGUCGACGGUCCAUUUAUUGCCGGAAAUCUGGUUAGGGGUAUUCAGAUGGGAGACUUGUUAUUCUGGCUGGAUGGGAAGGGGCUGAAGGGGAUCCCCUAGGUAUGCUAUGAUGGGCACAAAUAUCUGGGUCCAUCCGCGUGGGAUUUAAAGGUCUGUUGACUGGCCAACUGGCUGGUUUGCAAGCUAGCAGCGCCUGCCCGGCCCGUGGCUGGUUUUAGGAUCUAACGGCAGCUGUAGGCUGCAUUGAGGAUGAUUUUUGCAAGGCUUGCCUCUUGUCAUGUGAACUGGGUGAUAAAGGGUUCUCUGAUUAUCUUUUCAUUUAAAAAAAAAAGUGAGAAAAGGCUUUGUCGUGCCCCUUUAUAUCAUAUUACUCUGCAAGUGGAGACCGUUGGGGUUAUUUAAUGAGGUUCACUGUAGCCUGUCCAAUGUAAGAAACUCCACAAAAUUGUCUCAUUAUAGUACUUGCUAUGAUGCACCCUGUUCCCCCCCACCCCCCAAGCCCAUUUGUCUUGCAAAAGCCCACCUGACUGCAUGGAUUUCAAAGCACAAUGACCUAGGUCCUUGCUUAUAAAAUUCCUGUCUAAACUGGCCUGCUGCUGCAGCUAUUACUUUGGUCCACAGCUGAACCCCAGUGUGGUAGAUGAGAUUCCCCAGAGAGCUCAAGGUGGGAGGAAGCUUGGGGCAUGAUGUCAUCUGUGGGCUAGCAGGUGCCCAGGGAGGAUUGGGAGAACAGUCAAGCUGAAGGGGAAAGAAAAACAAAGAGUUAAGUAUUUUUAAUAAGACUUUUUUUUUAAAAGAAAUAAAUGGUUUAUAAUCAGGACGGGGAGUCUUGGUUGCAGGAUGCUGGUCAUUUUACACAGAAGUGCAGUAUUGUCCGAAGGGAGACUUCAGACUUGGGAAUUUGAUUUCCUCUUUGAAGCCAUGUUUACUGGGGUAAUUGUCCUCCGCCCUCCCUCCCCCUUUUGAGAAUUUCCUAACAAGGGAGUCAUUUGGAAAUUGGCCACUAUCAGGUUUGAGCAUGGGAAUGUGUCUCUAAAUAAAUCCUAAGGCCAGGCCUCUUUAUCCAUUGCUUUCCACAAACUCACUUUAGAACAAACUCCAGAUUGCAGUAUUGGUUUUUUGCUUCCAAUGCAAUUCUUAUAGCUAUUAGAGAGAGCUGACUCCUUUUAAUUUGGGACAGGAAUGGUGGCACCUUUCCCCAGCUGGUCUUCUUUUCUUGAAGCCUAGCAGAGAUCAACUGGAAACCAGGCAGGAUGGAGAAGGCUUAUGAGUUCCCGUUUACACAGUCAUAAUUCACUUCCUUGUUCGCUGAGUUCUGAAUGGGCUGGUCCCAUCAUGUAAGGAAACUGUGUGUGUAGAGAUUUGUUGUUUGUGUGUCUGUGGUUUUUCGUUUUUUGUUUUUAAUCUUUUCUUUUCGUUUCUUCACAUGCCGCAGUUUCUUAUUAAGCACUUUGAGAUUUGUUAGCUCCACGCUUAGGAGACAAAUAAUAUAUUUAUUUUGUGACCCUGCAGAAGCCAAAUAUGGUGUGAUGCUCCCUGGAGUUAAGUUUUAAGACAAGUCUUCAGACCCAAUCUUGCCUUGCUUUCCAGAACCUCUGAGCAGAAUUUUUGGUCUUUGUCAAGACUGAUUGAGGGCCUGAGGGCAGUCAGAAUGUCUAGUUCUGAAACGCCAUCCAUGACGAACUCAUGGCCCAGAAUUUCUGUUGUUUCUGUCAUGUUUUGGCCUCCCUCCUCACAGACCCUUUAACCCCAAGUGUGGUGUUACUUUCCCCUUGGGAUUGGAAGAGAAACUUCCUUGCUAGGGGCCACUACAGAUUUAGGGAUGCUUCACGGUGUUAACCCCUGAAAGAAUGAAGGCGGGGGUCUGCUUUGGAGGACUGCCUCUCCAAUGAAGCUUUCCAAUGGUUACCAGGAGACAAGCAGGGAUGCCGGUUUGGUGGCAGACCUCAUUCACUCAAGUUUUUUUUUUUGUCUGUUUAAAUGUUAGAAUCCAAGAAAAACGCCUUGCUGCCUCUUCAUUUUUCAUUUCCCCACUCCUAACCCAGUCCUCUAUGUUCUAAUUGUCCUUUUUGGUUCCUUUUUUUCUUUUUUAUGAUGCAAACAUGAUGCUGUGAACGGAAAUAAAUUAUUUAUACAAUCAA